CAGGAAGUGGUUUGCCUUUCUUUUACUGUCUUUGAAGGGUGCCUUUCCAGCUUCCAACUUAAAUAUUUCAGAAAGUAAAACUACUCUGCAUUUGUUUUCUGCCCAAGUUGCAUCUAAAGCUGCAGAAAUUUAAAUUUUGCAUAAGUUGAAAAAGUAGGAUGGAAAAGAUUCACCUGCAGAACAGAAAAAGUGCGGUAGUCAUGUGGUUUUGUCCCAUGAUGCUCAGAGAGGUGAAAUCAUUGUAGCCUUCUUGCUGCUAACAGUUUUCAUGGGUGCGAUGAUGUAUUGCAGCACGGUUUUUGUUCUUUUAGCCGUGAGGCUCCUCAGCGUGUCUUCAAAUGAUGAAAAAAGCCCCUGCAAAAGCCCUUCUGGUGGAAUGUCUUGUGCAACUACAAAAGUCAACACUCCGAUUGGAUCCCCUGUGCUACUGCCUUGCCACUUCACAAAGACAAAGUCGGGUAAGGUCACUUGGACCUUCAACGGAGACAGCAACCUGGUGGUACUUUCUUCUAAUGGACAAGUUAAGUUUUGGAACCCCAGAAAUGGCAGAUUGAAAGUCUUUCCCAUCCAGACCUCACUUGGUGACUUCUCCAUUCGCAUCAGUGAGCUGGAAAACACUGAUUUGGGGUGUUACAGCUGCAUGCUGGGGUCUGAAUGUCAUCAAGUGGAGCUGAUGAGAGAAGAAAGUAACAAACUGGACUAUGAGCGACUUCUGUACAUCUGCAUCUCUGUGGGUAUCUUGUUUCUGCUGAUUUUCAUCACCUACUGCUGCAUUCACUUCAUAUGUGUCUGGAAGAAAAACGUUGAAAUAAGUCAAAUCAACUCUGCUUCUGGUGCAACUGAAGGUGUGGAGAGUAACAGUAGUGUUUACGAAAAUGACGACCAAUCUCCAGUCGGUGCUGAUUCAGCCCAGGACAGCAGAAUGCCUGCAGGAGCUGUACAGAAUCCAAAUAGGACUGAGCCUCCUCAAAGUUCUGCCCAUAUCUAUCCAAACCUUGAAGAAUUCCAGUUUCACAGAGAAGAAACUCAAAAAAGAAAUAUAUUUCACAUAGAACUCUUCACCAGACUGCGCCAAGCGAGCCUCCGCCGCCACGUUUACGUCAACCAGCAUGACAUCAGAAACCAGCAAGUCAUGGCCACACAUGUGGAGAGUCAGCAAGAUGGAGAAUACAACAACCCCAUCUACAACAGGAGCACAGAGCAGCUCAGCCGAGUGUAGAGCAGCCAAAGACAGAACUCACCCGUCAUCUGACUAAAACAACUGGUUGAGACUAUUGUUUUGUAACUCGAUUGCACUGUUUUUCCUGAAAUUAAUGUGUAUUUCUAUGGCUUUUGUUUAAGAAACCAUUUUUUUUUGUAUUAAUGUCCUUAUUUUGCGAAUUUCUCCAAAAAUAAAAGUUGUGCUGUGUUCAUUGACUAGUUAUUUUUAUAUAAAGUCUAUGGCUGUGUCACAUCACAGUCAUCUUUAUGUUGGUGUCGCCCUCUUCUGGUCGCAGUGGUUCAGUCUCUGGGCAUUACAUUUUCAACACUUAAAG